UAAUUAAGUAAUUUAAUAUCUUUGCCUGAUUUUAAUUUCACUCUAUUUGUCAAAAUCGGCUUGGUGGUGUUUUUUUUUUAUUUAUCCAAAAAAUGGAAAGAAAAAAUUUAUUCCUAAAAUUUUUUAAGCUCGUCAAGAGUAAAGAUUGCCUCACUGAUGCUAAUAAAAAUCAGGAGGCAAUUGAAAAGGCUUGGGAAGCAAUUGCCCAAGAGAUGGAAUGGACAGUUACCCAUUGCAAGGAACAAUGGGCAAUGUUUUCAGCCCUUGUUGAAGGAGAUGACGACGACGAAGAAGAUGAUGUGGAAGAGUAUUUAUUGAGUCUUCUUCCGAGGUUGAGAAGGCUUUCUGAAGAUGGAAAAAAAAUAUUUAAAAUAUGUUGUGAAAUUUCAUUGGCAAAACAUUUAAUGCAAAAUAAAUAAAAAAAAUAAAUUUAA